GUGUGUCUGUUUCCCUGAAGCUCAGCGCGAGAUCCGCGUGUCAAUCAGCAGAAUUAGCGAGCCGCAUCGCGCAGGCGUGAUCCAGUCUGAGCCGCGCGAGCUCCAGGCCAGUCGCUUCCGUCUCUGCAGCUCUAGCUCUCCCGCCGGACAUGCCCCCCGGCCCCCGGCGACCCUCCGCGCCUCUGCCGCACCUGUCCGGCGCGUGAAUGGCCCCCCCGCCAUGGACGAAAUGCCGUUCCAGAAAGUCAAGACCCGGCGCAGGAGGAGCCACUGCCCGCCCGGGGUCAUCGCGUGCGAGGACGAGUUCGACUGCAAGGAGCUCGAGUCGCUCUUCCACAACUACAACCUGAAGCUCGACCAGACCUGCACGCUGAAGGCGCUGUCCGUGCUCAUCCUGCUGUCGUCCAGCCUCAGCCUGCUGGAGCUGCUGCUGUCCGGCGCCAGCCUCACCAUCGCCAAGGGCUCCUACCCGGUGCACUUCGUCAUCUUCAUCUCGCUCUUCAUCGUCACCAACGUCACCAACCUGCAGGUGAGCCAGCUGCAGCAGAUCGCGCACCUGAGUCUGCUCUUCUGCUUCAGCUUCUCGGUGCUGUGCUGCCCGUUCCCGUACGUGUCGGGCGCCGCGGGUCCGGAGCAGGGCGUGUGGCAGCUGCUGCUGCUGACGUUCGUGGCGUACGCGCUGCUGCCGGUGCGCACGCUGCUGGCGGUGCUGUUCGGGCUGCUGGUGUCCCUGGCGCACACCAUCGUCACGGCGGCGUCGGUGACGGUGAAGACGCAGCGGCUGUGGAGAGCGUUGGUUGCGAACACGCUGCUCUUCACCAGUGUGAAUCUGUCGGGUCUGUUUGUGCGGAUGCUGACGGAGAGAGCGCAGCGCAGAGCCUUCCUUCAGGCCCGAAACUGCAUCGAGGAGAGACUGCGCAUGGAGGACGAGAACGAGAAACAGGAGCGUCUGCUGAUGAGUCUGCUGCCCAGAAACGUGGCCAUGGAGAUGAAGGAGGACUUCCUGAAACCCCCAGAGAGGAUCUUCCACAAGAUCUACAUCCAGCGGCACGAUAACGUCAGUAUUCUGUUUGCGGAUAUCGUGGGCUUCACGAGUCUGGCGUCGCAGUGCACGGCGCAGGAGCUCGUUAAACUCCUCAACGAGCUCUUCGGCAAGUUUGACGAACUCGCCACGGAGAAUCACUGCCGGCGGAUCAAGAUUCUGGGCGACUGCUACUACUGUGUGUCUGGCCUGACGCAGCCCAAGACGGAUCACGCUCACUGCUGCGUGGAGAUGGGUCUGGACAUGAUCGACACCAUCACGUCGGUGGCUGAAGCUACAGAGGUGGAUCUGAACAUGCGUGUGGGUCUGCACACGGGACGGGUGCUCUGUGGCGUGUUGGGCCUCAGAAAGUGGCAGUAUGACGUGUGGUCCAACGACGUGACGCUGGCCAACGUGAUGGAGGCUGGAGGACUGCCGGGGAAGGUGCACAUCACUCGCGCCACGCUGGACUGUCUGAAUGGAGAUUACGAGGUGGAGCCGGGAAACGGCCGCGAGAGACACUCGUUCCUGCUCAAACACGACAUCGAGACCUUCUUCAUAGUGCCAUCUCACCGCAGGAAGAUUUUUCCUGGUCUGAUCCUGUCAGACAUCAAACCUGCCAAAAAGAUGAAGUUUAAGACGGUGUGUUACUUGCUGGUGCAGCUCAUGCACUGCCGCAAGAUGUUCAAGGCCGAGAUUCCCUUCUCCAGCGUCAUGAGCUGUGAGGACGGGGACAAGAGGAGGGUGCUGCGCUCCGCGCCGGAGAAGCUCAGGAACCGUUCCUCCACAGCGGCUAACGCGGCUCCGAGCAGCCCGGGGACACGGGUCAACCGCUACAUCAGCCGUCUGAUCGAGGCCCGGCAGACGGAGUCCGACACGGCCGACCUGCACUACCUCACGCUCACCUACAGAGACUCGGAGCGAGAGCGCAGGUAUCAUCAGCUGAAUGACGAGUACUUCACCGGCGCUGUGCUUCUGUCUCUCAUCCUCACGGCUCUGAUCGGCAUCCUCUACCUGCUCAUCAUGCCACUGUACAUCUCAACAAACAAUGAAGGAGAGUGGCUCUGGCCGACUAACUCCACGCGCUCCAUCGUGAUCAUCGACGUGUCCGCAGGCCUGAACCGCACCAUGGCUGAGCUGCCGUGUGAAGGAGCGCAGUACGCCUUUCUGUGCUGCAUGCUGGGGACGCUGACCGUGGCGCUGUUCCUGCGAGUGUCCUGGCUGUCCAAACUCCUGCUGCUGCUGCUGCUGCUGGUGCUGUACAUCACCGUGCUGGAGCUCAGUGGAUUCAGACGCUCCUCGGGGACGGUGUUGUUGAGCGCUCGCGGUCUGGAGCCCGUCCUCUCUCUACUGCUGUUCUCUACCGCACUCGCCCUUCACUCCAGACAGAUGGAGCUCAAGCUGCGCCUGGACUUCCUCUGGGCCACUCAGGCAGAGGAGGAGAGAGACGGCAUGGAGAAAGUCAAACUGGACAAUAAGAGAAUCCUCUUCAACCUGCUGCCGGUUCAUGUGGCUCAACACUUCCUGCUGUCUAACCCCAGAAACAUGGAUCUGUAUUACCAGUCCUACGCUCAGGUCGGGGUGCUGUUCGCUUCCAUUCCCAACUUUAAUGACUUCUACAUCGAGCUGGACGGAAACAACAUGGGUGUCGAGUGUCUGCGGCUGCUCAACGAGAUCAUCGCCGACUUCGACGAGCUGAUGGACAAAGAGUGCUAUAAAGACAUUGAGAAGAUCAAGACCAUCGGCAGCACGUACAUGGCAGCGGUGGGUUUGGUGCCCACCAUCGGAACCAAGGCAAAGAAAUCCCCUGCGGAGCACCUGAGCACCAUCGCAGACUUCGCCAUCGAGAUGUUUGACGUUCUCGAUGAAAUCAACUAUCAGUCAUAUAAUGAUUUUGUCUUGAGAGUGGGUAUUAAUAUGGGUCCGGUGGUGGCCGGGGUCAUCGGGGCCCGCCGGCCGCAGUAUGAUAUCUGGGGAAACACGGUGAACGUGGCCAGCCGCAUGGACAGCACCGGAGUGCCUGGGAAGAUACAGGUGACAGAGGAAGCGUACCGUCUGCUUCAGAGCGACUAUGAUCUGGUGUGUCGUGGUAAUAUCAGCGUGAAGGGCAAAGGUCAGAUGCUCACAUAUUUCCUGGAGGGUAAAGCGCAGGACGCGGGGAACCGAGCGCCGCAUCACACCGGCGGCCUGGAGCGCAGGGUCCACGCCAUCGCCCGCUCCAGCAGCACGCACACCAAAGCCGGCAGCACCUCGUCUGUGGCCUCGGGAUUCGUGAGCAGCAGCUCUCCUGGGACACGCGGACACAGCGCCGCUCAUGUGCCUACGGUCGGAGAAGAGCAGGAGGGCAAAGGGGGGGAGAUGUAGGACCGGUCGCACAUGACACACACACUUCUUUACCAUUAAAGACACAGAAGAGGAUAACGUCUGCAGGUGGAAAGAAUGAACCGUCUUCCCUUUAUUCACCUUCUCAAAAUACGUGAACGGAUCUUCACUGCACGCUCUUUUAAAGACCGUCUUCUUUGGUCACUUUUAUCAGUUCUCCUGGAUAAAUUCAGGUACUAUCCUGCAUUUCUUUCCCAGUCGAAUCAUGGAAUUUGGGCUUGGGAAUGCCGUUCCACGCUGAUUCUGUCGCGCUGCAGGAGCGUUCAGAGCCUCGCAUGAUCUUCAGCAAUGUGUCAUCUUCUCAAGUUUUAUGCCAACUUCUUAUAUGAGCUGUACAUAGUAGAUGUUCUUACGAUCAGAGCUUGCGUAUUUUUUGUAUUGAACUUUCCAGUGCAUUUGAAUGAAUGUGAUAGCGUGUGAAUGAGAUGCAUUUAUAACACAUAGAGCAGCAAUAGAAGCAGGACAUGCUCUGCAUCAGUGCACUAGAUUGUGAUUUCAUAUUCAUUCACUCUCACACACUCUUCAUCUUCAUCAUGUGACAGAGCCCCGCUCACACGUUUCUAAAGGUUGAGACUGGAGAAAUCAAAGAGCUCUAUCUUGAUGACACGUUUACACCUGUACUCUGAUUUCAGAAAACAAUAAUAACGUUAUAAAUAUAUAAGUAUAAACUGUUUCAAAGCAGCAUGUGUAUAUAGAACAAGAGAAAUCAGGGAGUUUGAUAACAGCCUAAAGGAAGCUUCAUCAUCAUCAUCAUCAUCCUCGGCUGCAGUCACUCGGACAGACUGUUCUGAAACUAUAAACUACAAUCUGACAUCUAUAUUCAUGCAUGCAUACAGUGGAGUCCAAACAUCUGACACUGCAUUCGGUUUCACAUUUUUGCCAUUUAUUUGAAUUUUUUAUUACAAAUAUCUUUUUCAUACCUUAAUGGGAAUGUUAACAUAACGCUCGUAGAACUUAUUUUUGUCAGCUGGCUAUUCAUUAAAUGUUGUAACUUUAUUUAAUGAUUUAAAGGCUGUUUUGAAUCUCAGAUUGAUUGUCAGUGUGGUGUCAGGUGUGUGUAUGUAGUGAUAAAGUGUGUGAUUAGCAGGGACAAACCUCCACAGGCUGAACAUGUGCCAAUUAUAUCGAAUCUCAAUCUGAAGUGCAAAGAUCGGACACGAUUCUGUCAUCAGCAUUCACUGUAAUAAUAUCAGCAUCACAUUCACAUGCAGAUGAAACGUGACUGAAACUAUCAAAUACUAUAUGCUUUAUGCUGUUAGAGAGCUAUGUGCAGAAGAAGUUUUCACUCAUGAUGAGACUGUUACCUGAGUGAGGCGGAUAGUUAGAUGUUAACGAGGUCAGUUAUGUGUAGUCUAUGUGGGCACAAGAGUACAGUGACCAUCUACUGACACGGAGGUCAACAACCCGCCCAUGAGGAAUGCUGCGUCACACACACACACACACACACACACACACACA